GGGUAGGCUGGGCUGGAUUGCUCUGCCGGAGGUUGGGAGGUAAGGGGAGCAGAGCCCCGGAAACAGUGCCUGGGCUGGGUUACGCUGCCGGGGACCCCACGAUGCCGCUGGAGGUGGAGCUGUGCCCCGGCCGCUGGGUCGGGGGGAGCCAUCCCUGCUUCAUCAUCGCCGAGAUCGGGCAGAACCACCAAGGCGAUCUGGACGUGGCCAAGCGCAUGAUCCGGAUGGCAAAGGAGUGUGGGGCCGACUGUGCCAAAUUUCAGAAGAGUGAGCUGGAACACAAAUUCAACCGUCGGGCUUUGGAGCGACCCUACACUUCUAAACACUCCUGGGGGAAAACCUACGGAGAGCAUAAGCGCUACCUUGAAUUCAGCCAUGACCAAUAUAGAGAGUUACAGAAAUAUGCUGAGGAAAUAGGGAUUUUCUUCACUGCUUCUGGAAUGGAUGAGAUGGCGGUUGAGUUUCUGGAUGAAUUGAAUGUUCCAUUUUUCAAAGUUGGAUCUGGAGACACUAAUAAUUUUCCCUAUCUUGAAAAGACGGCCAAGAAAGGUCGUCCGAUGGUUAUCUCUAGUGGUAUGCAGUCCAUGGACACGAUGAGGCAAGUCUACAAUAUUGUGAAACCUAUAAACCCAAAUUUCUGCAUUCUGCAGUGCACCAGUGCCUACCCGCUGCUCCCUGAAGAUGUCAACCUCCGUGUGAUUACAGAAUAUCAGAAAGCAUUCUCUGACAUCCCCAUAGGAUAUUCUGGGCAUGAAACGGGCAUCAUGGUCUCAGUGGCUGCAGUUGCUCUAGGGGCUAAGGUCCUAGAACGUCAUGUGACUCUGGAUAAAACUUGGAAAGGGAGUGACCAUCAGGCAUCGCUGGAGCCAAAUGAAUUAGCAGAGUUGGUGAAAGCAGUCCGCCUCGUAGAAAAAGCCUUGGGAUCGCCAAUUAAACAGCUUUUGCCAUGUGAGAUGGCCUGCAAUGAGAAGCUGGGUAAAUCAGUGGUGGCCAAAGUGAGGAUUCCUGAAGGUACCAUAUUGACAAUGGAUAUGCUUACAGUGAAGGUGGGUGAACCGAAAGGAUAUCCUCCUGAAGGCAUUGCCAAUCUCAUUGGCAAGAAGGUCAAAGUGAACAUUGAAGAGGAUGAUACCAUCCCAGAAGAAGCCAUAGAAAAUUUGUCAAAAAAAAUAAAAUCUUAAAGAAAAAUUACAUUUAUUGAGCUCUUACCUCCUCUGUCUCAGUUUUGGGUGACAGAUUAGAAUAAUCAGUACAUGGAGAAUGAGUGAAUGGUUGGGGAAAGUGGGCUACAUAAGCACUCAACAAGUAAUUGUCACAUGAAUGAAAGAAUGACCUUCACAAACUUGACCCUCCUGUGACUCCACUUACCAUUUCUAUAACUUUUUAAAUCAAAAUGCCUCUCUCUGGCCGCCACUCCCUUAUAAUUUUGUAUCACCUGUUAGAAUGUAAACUCCUUGAGGGAAGGGAUUCUUUUCUCUUUUUGUAUAUCCAGAGAUUAUUACAAUGCUCACAUAUGUUAAGACUUAAUAAAUUAUUUUUCAUUCAA